CCAAUUAAAGCUUAGUUGGCGAAAAAUGAUAGCUCGCGCUGCUGCUCUUUGUUGCGUCUUUCUGUGCUUAGCAAAUUGGACAGAGGGAUCGACUUUGUUCUUUGUGAAGAGGCCAAAUUCGAAUGAAUAUUUCUGCUUCUCAAUAGAAAAUGGGACGGAGAGCGAAAUUUUCGAGGGAAUUUACUGGACUUCGGAAAAGAAUGGGGAGACCAAAGCACUCUCCAGCGAAAAUUGGGAGGUUGGAUACUUCCCCAAUGACUACAAAGAUUACCCGACUACAAAUUACGAUUACAUGAAUCCAGAUCGAGAGAAGGCCAUAACAAAUUACUCAGACUUUGGCUUUAUCUUGGACCACCGUUGGGAAGAACUUCUAGAUUAUGACAAUGGCUGUGUUUAUUCACUGUCUAAACAAAUUUCCAACCUCAAAAUUUCACUAUUAACUAAAGAGAAAUGCAAAUUGACAUUCCUAUUAAGGAGCAACAUAAUCUACUACCUGGAAUUAACACCCGAAGCUAAUAAGAAGACAAUGAAAGUAUCCAUGCAUAAGGAUGGUGAAACUACAAAUUUGAAAACUGAGGAAUACUUUGAAGAUCGAUGGAAUCACAUCGAAAUAAAACUUCCGCCUGGGUCAGAAAUACAAGAAAAAUGGACAGUGAAGUUUCAGAGUGAGGAUAAAAAUGCCCGAAUAAAAUAUCACUAUUACGGAACUCUUCGUCUCUACAGUGGAAAAAAUGACAUAUUGAAUGCAAAAGAAAAAUAUCCAGGGCAAAAUUGCUGGGUUGCUGAAUUUGCCACUGACAAUUUCAACAGUUACACAUUCACUGACGGCAAAAUUAAAAAUUUCAUCCAACCGAAUUCUGAGGCCAAGUGGCGGAACAAAUUCAUUUUGGCUGGCAAUACUGAUCAACUAAGUGGAGAUCAAUCGAGCGAAGGAAAUCGCGGAGAAGGCAACGGGUUUUUCCUUUACACUCUAAAAAGAGCGUGCUUGCCUGAAAAUGGACAGGUGCAAAUGUAUUACCGCCUUGUGAAAAAGACCGAAAGUGACUCGACUCUGACCUGCUCGACUACCACAAAUUCCCAGACGGUCAAGGAGCGCAAAGUCAGCACUUUUUACAACAAUAAUAAAUUUUUACAAUCUGUCGCUCCCAAACUUCUCCAACCCUUUGAAGGAUUUGAUCUACAAAUAGAUCGAUGCAACGCAUCAGACGAACACGACAAAUGCAAAGGGGUCAUUUUGUGUGACCCUAAUGGGUGCUCCUGCUUGCGACCUUACACCGGACCAUCUUGUGAGGAAGUGUGUGAAAAUUUGGGCACAUAUGGCUGCGGACAUAGGUGCGGCUUUUGCGAACGAAAAGAGGAAUGUGACUCUGUUACCAGUCAAUGCAGUGGAAAUUGUGUCUUGGGAUACCGCAAACCAAAUUGCAUUGAAAAGUUUAUUCAAUUUCGACUAAAGCCGGAAAUAACCAACAAGAAGAUUUCUUUAAAGAAUGCGAUCAAAAAUCUUUCACAUGAGGAACGCCAGAAGAUUGAAUACAUCGAUAUCCAGUUACUGGCUGAAGGACAAGCCGCGUAUCAAAGCAUGCGACAAAUUACACCUCCUUUUGAUUUGGAAGCAACAUACGAGCUUCCUCAGCAAAUGAAAAACGCCUAUUCUUUCCGAGCAGUGAUUAAAGAAAAGGACGAGGAAGAAAUUUUCAUCGGACCAAAUUAUCCUGUUCUGCAAUAUUCUUUUUGAAUAUGGAAAAGAGCGAGGCUCAUAAAUUUAAUUAAAUUACAAUUAAUAAUGUUUUUUUAAUCUUAUCAUUGGCAGAUGAAACCGUCAUUUCAAUUCAAUGAUAGAUACAUUAGUAAGAUUAGAAUGAAAUUAAAACACAAGGAAAAAACUUAUUGUGAAAUCGAUCAGACUCCAAUAAAGGCAUUUUCCAGAUUUAA